UCUUAAUUUAAUAUUUUAAUCGAAAAAAAUGGUUAUAUACACCAAAACUCCCGUCCAAAAACUCAUUUAUAACUACCACCGCCGUCCUCCACCGCCCUAUUCUUCUCCGAUGACAACUUCACUUUCCAAUUCCACCCUCUUCCACCGUCCUUCCUUUAACCCUAAUCCUAACUCCACCACCAGCACCGUCUUUCGGCAUCCUCCAACCGUACAAUUCUCCAUAAAGGCCGUCUCAAAAGACCCAAACAACAUAACCACCCCCGACCCCAAGCAACCACCAUUGCCGCCAUCACCGUCGGAGAAGAGGACCUUUGCAGUGGCAACGGGGGAGCUUUUCCUAGGGAUAGCAUCUCGAAUUAUUAAGAGCAGAAAUGCGAUGGAAAGGGGAUUGGAUUCGGAGGAGAAAGUUAGGAUGUUUGGCGACGAAUUAGUGGGUAAGAAGGAGUCGUAUUUUUGGAGUAGGUCGAGGAAUCAGAAAGAGGUGAAGGAGGAGGAGAUUGCGGCGGUGGUGGACGAUGGAGACGUGGUGUGGGAGCAGAGGCUGAAGGAUGUGGAAGCGGAAAGAGAGCGGAAGGCGGUGACUAGCCCUGGGUUUAGCUUCUCUGCUGCUGGACUUUUGUUUCCCUAUCAUCUUGGUGUUGCCAAAUUUCUAAUCGAAAAGGGUUACAUUAAGGAUACAACCCCAUUAGCUGGAUCAUCAGCUGGUGCCAUUGUAUGUGCAGUUGUUGCAUCAGGGGCAAGUAUGGAAGAAGCCUUACAAGCUACAAAGAUUUUGGCUCAAGAUUGUCGAACUAGAGGAACUGCAUUUCGUCUUGGUGCUGUUCUUAGAGAAGUUCUUGAAGAUUUUCUUCCAGUUGAUGCUCAUAUAAGGUCUAAUGGAAGGGUUAGAGUUGCUGUAACACAGAUUCUAUGGAGACCAAGAGGUUUGCUUGUUGAUCAGUUUGAUUCCAGGGAGGAUCUUAUUAAUGCAGUAAUUACUUCUUCUUUCAUUCCAGGAUACCUUGCACCAAGACCAGCAAUUGUGUUCCGCAAUAGACUCUGUGUAGAUGGCGGUUUGACUUUAUUUAUGCCACCAACAUCCGCUGCUCAAACGGUUCGUGUGUGUGCUUUUCCAGCCAGUCGUUUGGGACUGGAAAACAUCGGAAUCAGCCCUGACUGUAAUCCCGAAAAUAGAGCAACCCCAAGAGAGUUAUUCAGUUGGGCGUUGGAGCCAGCAGCCGAUUUGAUUCUUGAUACCUUGUAUGAGCUUGGAUACAUGGAUGCAUCCGUAUGGGCUGCUUUAAACCCCGUUGAGAAUUUGGUUCAAGAAGACAACAAUACAUUUGUUAGAUGAUGAUGAUAAUAAUAAUUAGGUACAAAAGUAAGAGUAUAAGUAUUUGUAUGUUUAGAUACAUAGUAGGUAUCCUACUUUUAGUGCUUUCUAUAUAUAGAAAACUAGGGUUUGUAUUUCUAGUAAUUGUACUUGACAUGUCAUCUCUACACCACCAACAUACUUAGGAAAAUGCAAAAACAACAAAUAUCUGAAUUAUUGUCUUAUUGACAGUGUGAGAGUUUUAAUUCCAAUAUGGAUUGGGCUGUUUUUGAGUAACGGGCCCUUAUGCUAGCCAACCAGUUGGCUGGUGUCUGUGGGACAGCUCAAGGGUUGUUAGAAGGAUAAAUCAGGGUUUUCAACUAUUGUGUUUUUAUUUUUGCAAGUAUGUUGGAUUUGUAGGGAUGAUUUGUCAAAUACAAUGGUUUGAAAUGUUGAUUACUAUAUGGUAAAUGAUAUUAUAAGUUUGUAUUUAGAACGACAAUUAUAUUUGUAAUAAUUUUAAAAAGAUUUAUUGGUGUA